CGAGAACUCGCGAACAAUGCAUUCAGACUCGAGAUCCACCGCUAGACAGCAAGCCAGCAUGGAAAGAAAGAUUUCCAAACCGCUGAUGGAAAAGAAAAGGAGAGCAAGAAUUAACAACAGCCUCGAGCAGCUGAAAAGUCUUCUUGAAAGCCGAUAUCCCAAAAUUUCCAAACGAAAACUUGAGAAAGCCGACAUUCUGGAAUUAACAGUCAAGUGCCUCAAGCAUCUGCAAAACUCUCACCAAGAUGCCACCUUCACAAAGCAGCAGAAUUUGUUCCACGCUGGAUUCCAGUGCUGUGCAGACAGAAUGGACCAGUUUCUGCUGAGAAGCCAGGAGCUGCGUUUAGAAUUACACAGCCAGCUCGCCAGACCCCUCGCGCCCAAGGAACCUCGCCGCUGUACGCUGGACAGCGCCAGUAACAGACCAGGACGAGAAGCCAGCUUUUCUCCGUCUCUUUAUCCUCAACCACAAAACCACCGCCCAGCAGUGAAACGCAAUAACAUUUCUUCAGACUUUUUAGAAAGCAAACAGGCAAGCAGCGUUUCAACUCCAGCCAUGCACCAGAUCACUCCUGCAAACAUGAAUGGAAACGCUGACAACAUUGUGCGACCAUCUGUGAAUCAGAAUGCCGAUGCGUCAAAGUCGAGCCAGGGUCCCGAUCUGCUACUGCUUAGAGACGUUAUAUAUACUAAAUCAGAAUGCUGGCGCCCCUGGUGAGCCCAGCUCUGAGAACCAUGUUAUGUGCUACAGUACUUAAGGCAGCAACUUCCAUUAUUUAAUGGAUCGGUUGCUGCCAAUUAUUUUUUCUAAUUAUUUUUUUUGCAUGUAAAUGAAGUGUAUUUUAGAGCAAUGCUUGGCACAGCAGUUAUUAUAGAUUCUUCGU